CUCUGCGUGUCACCACUUAAAAUGACGUAGCGGCGGUCCGCUGUACUCCAGUCAGUUUCUGUUGUAAAUAUAGUUAACGCUGUUAUUUAUAGGAGCUGAAUUCAUCGCCGCUCUGCAUCAUAUUCCGCCGUGGGCUCUGCUGAAUUGUCACAUUGGCAUCAAACAUAAAUCUGGCUGACAGCUGAUCGAGGAGAGCAACGUUGUUACUGUUUAUUCCAAUACAGUUAGCAUUAGCUGCUGGAUCUCACAGCAAAGCUAGCCAGCUAGUUGCUUAGCAGUUAUGGAGUGGCUGAGCAAAGGCUCUUCAGUUUACUCCUGUGAAGAGUAUGACAGUGAACCGUCUUCUACAGCCAGGGGCUUCAGUGGUACUAAUCCCCACCAACAGUCAGCAUCAUCGCAUCUUUGUGAUUGCGCCAUGGUGUCACUGUGUCAGAGCCAGCAGCGCUGUGUCAAGGCCUCUAUCGUCUCCAGCUGGAGGCUGGCCGAGGCCCAGGAUCAACUGUGCUCUCUAGGCGUCCACAGCUCCGAGUCCCUCGAGCAGGAACGCGCUCGGACUCUGGCUUGCCCCAGUGAGCUCACACACACUGAAGAGGAGUGGCGCCGCAAGGAGAGCAUGCUGGGAGGUCAGGAGCCCAGCCGCAGUCCUGUGCUCGGAGCUGUUGGAAGCUGGGACGUUUUUGAUAAGAGUAUCAUCAAUGUCCCAAAUCAGCAAGUAGAAAGGGAUCAGGACAAGUGCAAGACGUUUCUUCAAAAGUAUGAGAAAGAGCUCAGGCAUUUUGGUAUGCUGCGGAGAUGGGACGACAGUCAGCGAUUCCUUGCAGACAUACCUCAGAUCAUCUGUGAGGAAACGGCAAACUACUUAAUUCUGUGGUGCAUCCGACUACAGCAAGAAGGGAAAGAAGCAUUGAUGGAGCAGGUGGCUCACCAAGCUGUAGUCAUGCAGUUCAUUCUGGAGAUGGCUUCAAACUCCCAGCAGGAUCCUCGAGGCUGCUUCAGACAGUUCUUCCAGAAAGCCAAAGAUGGACAAGACGUCUACUUAGAAGUCUUCCACACAGAGCUUGAGGCCUUUAAAUACAGAGUGAGAGAAUACACAGUCAAAAGCAGAGGCGAUAUAGUCAACAGCGUUGAACAGCAUAACACUGACACAAACCGCAGACUCGACCCCAAAGAAGCCCUGGACUCUUUAUCUCCAGUGGCAGAGUAUCCAGUCAAGCGUUGCAUAGAGACCGGAUUGUGGACAAAGGAUGACAUUACAGAAACAGACGAUAUGCGCAUGAUGGAGACCUCGUAGGGAUUGUAGGAUUGGCCCCUGCUUUUCUCCCAUCUCCACAGCCUCCCCAUUAAGGAACUACAUGAAUUUUAAGCCCCCUUCACACAGCAGACCCGCCUGAAAAACACCAGUGCAGAAGAGGAAUAAACAGAGAAAUGAUUAAUCUUUUGUGGUGAAAAUUUCAGUGGAGAACCUGCGGGAAAUAAUGUUGCACUGAUGGUAAACAUUUCUCAUUGAGGUUGGUAUAUCACUGUGGUUGGCCUCUGGCGAACGUGGUUCCUCCGCGGUCUCUUGGUGGCUAAAUGCAUAUGUUGUGCUGUAACCCUGGUUAUACAGAUGGAGUUCUUACACUCUUCAAGCUGGUAUUCUGAAAAAGGGAAGCAUUCGUCAAUUAAAGCAAAACAACAAGUUGACAAAUCCAAAAUAAAAAUCCAGACAACACAAAGAAUACUAAACCCAUAAAAUCUUUGGGCCAAAGUCAGUUAUGUGUGAGUAUGAGUACUGCUCACUGGGACUCAUCUGAAGAGCAUCGUUAUAGCUGCUUAAAAUGAAUCGUGUCAAGUAUAAGGGAAGAAUGACAGACGCAUGAGUGGUGAGCAUUUAAUACAUACAGUGUACUAAAGUAAGACUACCUGAUCGUGUUUCUACAGGUUCAGUGUACAGUAACUACUGUGACGUAGGAGGUGGUUGCUCAGCAGUUGUGACCUGUUUGAUUUGUGAUCAGACUCUUCCGAGCACGUUUGGGACGCAGUUCACCUGAAGGCAAGGCUGUGGUUUUAUGUCCAGAAUAAUAGCUGUCAUACCUUUAUAUUUGGUACAGACAUGUAUGGCCUCACAUCUUCUAUUAUUUUUUGCAAUAAGCAGAAGCAGUUUGUCCCUAUUUAAUGGCAUCAUGUCUCAAUUUGUAAAGUAUACAGUAAUUCAGUUGUGGUUUUUCGUGUUUUCCCCAGCAUUUAACUUGUUAGGCUGGAAUGAAGUCUAGGAGGGGGUCAGACAAAACAGGUGUUCAUGAUGGUAGCAACAAAAGUUACUAAAAAUGAUUGGUUAUGCAAAUGCAGAGUAGGAGCUUACAUUGUUGGUUUUGAACACUUGAACCAUUUGUGUCAUUUUGCAUCUUUCUAAAAGGACAAAAGUGGUUUUAAUGUUUAAGGGGGUGGGCAGUCGGAGGAUCUUAUAUCGUCAUUGAUCUCGAAGGCAUCCACAAUCUACCUCAGGUGAAUCGUUAAGAUUGCAGUGUUCAGAGUACCCUUCUAUUUCUAAACUUAACAUAACCCCAUUGACUGGCAGAUCUACAUGCACAUAUCAUGAGUGAUGUAGAAAAGUAUUCCUAGUGUUGUCUGGAGCAUAAAGCUUAAAUGUUAAAUAAGAUUUCCUCCAUUACCACUACAUGUUCAGAUUUUUAUCUAGUGUUUAAAUCUGUAGAUAAACAUACAAAAUUACUGUUAAAUCAAUUGACUUUCCACAUUGUCCACUUAGAAAAAAAAAAACAAAAACGUGACAAUUAUGACAGUAAUUGUUGUGCCGUGGCUCACAUUGACCUUUGCUGUGACGGAGCUGAUCAGCCUUUCUUAACAAUAGUCAGUUGUUAUUUAUGCGGCAUGCUUUUCAGUUUGUGACAGUGAUAACUCAGUAUUUAUUACAUGGCAAAGCACACAGCUUUCGAUGCAAAUUUGCAUUUUAGAUGGACAAAGUCAACCCAAUUAUAUCAGGAUAUUUGAGGGUGUAAAUGUGAAUUAUCCAUAUUCUAAGGUGUGUCUGUGUUGUUUAUGUAUAAUUAAAGCCUUAAGUUACAACUGGCAUGCAGCUGAUAGAGUUCAAAUCAAUUGAUCUCUUAGUACAUAAAAGGCUUACUAAGCCUUCAAGGCCUUUGUGUAUUUAUUUUGGGCCCAAGCAAAACCUUCUUAUAUUUUCUUUACCAGCUUGCCAUCUGUAUUCAGCCGAGUCACAACCACCAGUUUCCUUAUAGCUACAAGUUCUCUGUGCAGACUGUUGUUGGUGUUGUGCGGGUUAAACUUCUGGAUUCUUGGUUAUGCACCUGAGCAGGAGCUUAAAAAGCACCGUUAUGGAAGGGAGGGUUUGGGAGGGGGGGGGCGGGGGGCUGAGCUCUCCACAAAGACUUUUACUGUAUAUUUGUAUCUGAAUGCAUCUGAAUGUGUGUCCUGCACUUUAUAUUUCUCUCUUCAAACCAGAAAACGUUUUAAAAAAAGAGGCCAAGGUGGAAUGAGUGAAGCACUUGACUGUAUUUUUCUUCCCAGUCAUCAAGAAUUUUUAUUUUACAGGUAGGCUGUAGGCUGAGUUUGUGUUUUGAAAUGUGUGACAUUUUGCAUUGUUUUACUUUUGUACUCUGUUGUUGGUUGACUUUGGUUUCGAGGGUUGUGCCAGAUUUAUUAGGCUUAGAGUUAACUGUCACCCUUAAUGAUGACAGUAUUGUUUAACAUGACAGCUAAAAUCCGUGUGAAAAUCUGCUGAGUAACAUGAUCAGUAAGACUUAUUGCAGGCUGUGGAAUUAAAGAUGCCAUAUGAUGCAUUAAAGUACGAUACGCGUGUUUAUGAGUCAGAGCUGUUAUUUGAUGCAUAGUUGAUGCUACAGUGCACCUGGUGUUAUCUCACUGGUCAUUGUGUCUACUUUACCAUACAGUGCUAGUGUCGGGCAGUUCGCAGAUGUAUCAUAAAUACUGUAAACAUAAACAGGUAUUGUGAGCAUCGAAGCUAAAACAAUGUGCUUUAGUGGUCUAAUUGUGUUUCUUUUUUCUCUUUUUGUCCACAGUGACUAAUCAACUAUGCAAGAUAAUCAUAUGGCUUAUUCUGUUGUACUGAACCUGUGGUCAGUGUCCAUAGUGUCUUAACUUCCCAAAUUAUCUAAAAAUUAUUGCAAUAUUUGCAACCCUGAGAUUGAAAGACUUGUGAGAACUGUGAGCUUUAAGAAAAUGAGUCAUUCACAGUAGAACAUUUGGCUUCUCUUGCCACUGUUGAAAGCUCAAAUAUAAAACCUCAAUAUCUGUGUCUUGUGGUCAGUUGCCACAUUCCUUUGUUGACGUGCAUUAAUUAUAAAUCGGGAUCCUCUUGACGGGUUCAAAAUUAAGAAGUCUAAAAUGGUGCCAUCUUUACAUGGUAACUAACUUGACUGUUUUUAAUGCUGCAUGUCACUUGAACCAAAAUGCUCACCUUAUAUUUAGUAACAAACAAAAAGAAGAAGGAAGAAGAAAAGAGGAAGCCGGUAAGGGCUUUAGACCCAAAUAACAAUGAAAUGACCAACUUUUUCACUCAGCUCAGAGAGCUGCUACCAGCCAGUGACAGCCAGGAGGCUAAUGUUACUAAAGACAAGAUGCUAGUGCCAGUGAAGGAGCCACCACUACCUGAGAGAAAGAGGACACUGUCAGAAAUAGAGAACAUGUCCUCCGUGUGUUAACGUGGAAGAGAGUUAGGAACCGCAUGCAUGUGCUGGUUUGAGUGAAACAGAUGUGGGAAGGGCCUGAUAACUGGACCUGGUCCUGCGCAGGACUGGUCACUACUGCAGGUUCGCAUUAAGUUCUAGGAAGCUUUUUGCGGCUCCAGAUGGAGCUGCGUCGAGUCUGAUAAAUGAAUAAAACAGUUUUAUAGGUUUGGUUUAAUUUUUUUUUUUAAAAAAGAAGUGUUACAUAGAGGUGAGCUAGCAGACUUCUGCGGUCCGCUUCUCGUAUGGGCUUGAGCCUAGCAGCAGUAGCCGAGGGGGGGACUUUAGCUGCUGCUGGCACACAACACCUGAAUCACCAUCUGUCUGUGCCCGAGUUGCAUUGUGGGCAAAGUAGGCGCCAGGUUUGUGUGGAAUAAUAAAACAAUAUCUCUG